AUCGCUCCCUGCAUCACCACAACCACCAUAUCCAGCCGAAGAGCGAUGGCAGUUUACCAAAAGCUCCCAGCUUCUGAAGCGGAGACCGGUGUUGCUGCUACCGGCACUCCUCGACUGGCGAGGCUCGCAGAUGUUUUGAGGGCUCUAUCCCACACUCUCGGAUUAGUCUUGUUUGCUUUCGUCUUGAGCGUCUUCCUAUUAGGUGGCCCUCCGGCUUUCGAACCCCUCAGGGGCCCUGGAUUCCACUUGGAGAAAUCCUUUAGAAGAGACCCUUUAGAAUAUGUCCUGGGCAAUGGUUGGGAUGUUAAUUCAACUCCUGCAACCCGAAACUAUAACUGGACGAUUUCUGAAAUUGAGGCUGCACCCGAUGGUACGGCCUUCUCUCCGCCUCCUUCCAUAACCCCUGAAAACAAGCUUUUCUGGGAUCCUGCAUGAGUUCUAACCGAGUCACAGGUAUCCUGCGUACGCUUAUUGUUAUCGACGGCCAGUUUCCGGGGCCGCUUGUCGAAUGCAAUGAGGGUGAUACCAUUGUGGUGGAUGUUUACAAUGGUGCCACAAACUCUACAUCGCUUCAUUGGCAUGGACAAUAUCAGAACGGAACGAAUUGGAUGGAUGGGACUGCGGGCGUUACAAACUGUCCCAUCCCGCCUGGCAAAUCCUUCCGUUACGAGUUUACCGUCCGGGAGCAGUGGGGGACAUACUGGUAAGUCUUGAACCCCUCGCCAAGGAUUGGGGCUUCCACGGUUAAUGCCCAUAGUGCUUAGGUAUCAUGCACACUUUUCAACAUCGAGGAUAGACGGGUUAUUUGGCCCAUUUAUAAUCCAUUCACCGAGGGAGAACAUUCAGGGUGAUACGGAUAGGGUGGUUAUGGUUCAUGACUAUUAUCACGAUCUGUCCGCUGCGCUUUUGCCGUGGUACCUUGCCCCGGGCAAUGAGAAUGAUGAGCCUGUUCCGGAUGGUGCCCUGAUAAACGGUAUGGGCGUCUGCUCCACCUGCGAACCCUCUUCGGGGAAGCUUGCUACGUUCGCUUUGGACAAAGGCAAAAUUCACCGUCUAAGAUUCAUCAAUGUUGGAGCCUUUGCUGAGUUUGACGUGGAGAUUGACCAGCACGAGCUCUCACUCGUCGAAGUUGAUGGUGUGGAGGUGGAGCCCUAUAGCCUGCACAGGUUCCGAAUCAAUGUUGCCCAACGGUACUCGGUUCUCCUUUAUGCAAACCAGCCCGCCGAUUCAUACUGGCUGCGUGCCCGGAUGAUUGCUCAUUGCUUCGCUGAGAUCCCGGAGGAUUUGAAGCCGGAGGUACUUGGUAUCAUACGAUAUACUUCCAAUGAGGAGGCACCAACCACAAAGGGAUGGGGGGAAGCAAUGGAGCUAGAGUGUAAAGAUCUCAACACCUCCGAGGUUGUCCCAGCGGUUGUUAUGUCCGCUCCGGAGCCGGAUGUGCUCAUUUACCUCCGAAGCAACUUUGAAAUCGGAGCAUACCGCCUGAGCAGAGGGUUCUUCAAUAAAACAUCCUGGCGCCCUGCAGAGGUUCCCACAUUAGCGCAAGCCGUUAACGGGCUUUGGCGGGCUAACAGAUCGUUCUCUUCCGAGGGCAUUCUCUCGGCGUAUGACAUCAAUAGGCAAAUGGUUUAUAGAAUUGAUGGAACUAAGACAGUCGAUCUCCUAGUUGAUAAUUUCGACGACGGGUGAGUUGGCCAUCCGAAAUUAGCUCGGGUGUAUACUUAUGCCAUCCAGAAACCAUCCCUUCCACCUUCAUGGUUACAAAUUCUGGGUCCUAGGGCAAGGGCGCGGAUACUUUGACAAGUCAACUUACGCUACCCUAAAUACUACAAACCCCCUGCGCCGCGAUACUGUCACCAUUGAAGCCUAUGGUUGGGUCCUCAUCCGCUUCGUGGCGGAUAACCCUGGGAUGUGGGCUUUUCAUUGUCUGUUUCCUUCUAGAGCAUCGCUCGGCCACCAAACUAACUUUCCUAAGGUCAUAUUGCAUGGCACGCAGAAGCGGGAAUGCUGAUGCAAUUUCUCACUCGGCCAGACAUCGUUGCGGGCUGGAGAGUCCCCGAGGAUGUGAAAGGGCAUUGCGCCCAUCCGGAGGACCAGAGGGGUGGUGGGAUACCCGACGAGGACUUUUAUGAGCUGGCGAAGAGGCCAUCGGGCGGUGAAUGACUUUUCGGUGGGGAUAAUCUUGGGUUACCUUUGGCGUUCGGACUUGUAGGGAAUAUCCAUCACCAGUACAAGGAUAAAUGGACCAGUGCUAUGCGGACUUAUCCCACAUAUCGGAACGCCGGUUUUCGAAGAGACCACCUAACAGUAUUACCAUUGGUCGGUCCCUCACAAGUGCGGUAGAUAUUUAUCACAAGUCUCUUUUUCCUUCACACUAUAGCGCCUCCGGUAGACAAGAAACGUGCCUAUUCAUCGCGAUCGCACAAUAUUACUACAUCUAAGUUACCUAAGUUGGGGUGCAUUACGAAAGAGGUAGGAAACAUGCUAUUCCAAGACAUCCGAAUCGAUAACUUCUUGUUGUGAGUUUGCGCUGUCUACACCUUGAUCCUCGAAAACCUGAACCCACCAUUAGCCUUACUUAAAACCCACGGGUUCGGAUUCCGGGAGAAGUGAACCGCUGCCGAAGUGAAAACGAGCUAUGAGGUGUUGUGGCUGAGGGUGCGGUUGAAUGCUAGGUUAGGGGCCAAAUUGUCCUGUAGCUCAACAGUGACCGGGCAGGACAGGAUAGGGCGGGGUAUGGCAAGGUAAGGUGGGAACUGCACCGGGGAGAUAGUGCACGGAUUGGUUACUAGGAGUGCUGUGUAUUACUGUUCAUGAGUGGGAAUGUGCGAGUGAGAGAGUGUGAUGUAAGUUGUGGAAGAUCUUGGAGGGGUAUAGUGUUAGUGAUAAAUAUAUCACAAAGCCCCAAG